UGAGCCUCCUUGACAGGUGCUGGACUUGAUGAUCCACAGGGUCCCAUACAUCUCUGCAUUUCUAAGAUGAUCAUCAUCACCAAGCUGUGUCAUAGAUUUCAAAGGCGGCUUAUUUUAACAGUCUUUAAAGUUAAUAGAGUCUUAAUGUCUUAGCCCCAUAAAAGUUUUAUGUGGUUGAACUUAGUUUUACUGUAUUUUCUUUGCUUAAAUCAAGUUCAGAAGUUUAGUUACUCAUAAAUCUAAACUGAAGAUGGGAGAGUAAAGAGGUGAAGUUGAAAUACAUUUUGCUUGCUUUAGUUAAAAUGCUCUUGAAUAAUUAUGCUGGCCUCAUGCAAGUGGUAAGUUGCUUCAAUCUGAGAAAUCACCAUUAAUAUUAACAAUUAACAAUCAGCAUGCAAUAGUUAAUGUUGAUAGUUGAGAGAUUUUUCCCCUCCAUUGUUAAUGCCAUUUAUGUUGUGCCCAACCGCAUUUAGGCUUUCAACUUCUAAUGCUUUUAUUUUACAUUAUGGCUUACUAGUUACUAUUUUGGUCAGUUAGAAAUCUUAAUAAUUUGGGUGCCUAGUAGAUAUCCCUUUAAAAUUUAUGAAAUCUGUGCAGUAAAGGCAAAAUUAAAAUCAGGAUGAAGAUGCUUUAAAUACCAUAUGUGUGAGAAAGAACACUUCAUAGCAUGAAUUGGCAGACUUCACAUUAUUAGGAUCCACUUUGUUGUCCUCCAACAUCAUUUAGAAUUCAUAUACUUGAAGAGAAAUACUGUACAGUAUAUGCAUAUGAAUAUCGAAACAAAAAAAAACCUCAGCCUUACUACUCAAAACUCCACUCCACACUUUUAAUUUCAGCAGUGUAAUCCAGGCUCAGUGUCUCUUCUGUAUUGUAUAUACUGUAUUGGAUGAAUGUUAUGUAUUGAACGAAUGGCAGAACAACUUUAACCAAGAGGUGGAUUUUUUUAAAGGCCUUCAUCAACUACUAUUGUGACACAUUUCAUAGAGGAUGAUGUAACACCACAUGCCUUGUCAUUCUGACUUGAAACAAAGAUAGGAUUUUAGAUGAGAAAUGGAAAUCCUAGAGUGAAUGGACAGAACUAUGCCAUACACUUAAAUACACAGGAGCGAGAGGAAGCGGCGCCGAGGAGAGAAGCCGACCGCCCGCUGCAGCCAUGCUGAAUCAGAGGCGCUGAUUAAUUCGCCCCGCUCGCGGCGCGCCUGGAGUGCAGGCAGGGAGGACGGCAGGAGAGGCGGCGGCGGCGGCGGCGCCCGAGGACAGGAGCCGAGGGUGCAUGCAGAGUUCAAGCUCCGCUCCGGCUGCGCACAAUGGACGACGAAAGUAUCCAAAAGUGCCCACAUCCUCCUGAAGCAGAUGGAGAUAAGGAUCAGCGAACGGUGACCAUCAACCUUUGUCAUAUGGGAAAGGCUUUCAAAGUCAUGAAUGAAUUAAGGAGUAAGCGGCUUCUCUGUGAUGUGGUGAUUGUGGCAGAAGAUGUCGAAAUAGAAGCCCAUCGUGUUGUCCUAGCAGCCUGCAGUCCAUAUUUUUUUGCCAUGUUUACAGGAGAUAUGAGUGAAAGCAAAGCAAAGAAGAUUGAGAUCAAAGAUGUGGAUGGGCUAACAUUAAGUAAGCUGAUUGAUUACAUCUACACAGCUGAAAUUGAAGUCACAGAAGAGAAUGUACAGGUUUUGUUGCCAGCAGCCAGCCUGUUGCAGUUGAUGGAUGUUCGACAAAACUGUUGUGAUUUUCUCCAGUCUCAGCUGCAUCCCACCAACUGUCUUGGAAUCCGUGCCUUUGCAGAUGUGCACACCUGUACUGAACUACUGCAACAGGCUAAUGCUUAUGCAGAGCAGCAUUUUCCUGAGGUGAUGCUUGGUGAAGAAUUUCUUAGUCUAAGCCUGGACCAAGUUUGCAGUUUGAUAUCAAGUGACAAGCUCACAGUUUCGUCAGAGGAAAAGGUGUUCGAAGCUGUCAUUUCUUGGAUAAAUUAUGAAAAAGAGUCUCGCUUAGAACACAUGGCGAAGCUGAUGGAGCAUGUCCGUCUCCCUCUCUUGCCCAGAGAUUACCUUGUACAGACAGUUGAAGAAGAAGCUUUAAUUAAGAAUAAUAAUACAUGCAAGGACUUCCUUAUUGAAGCCAUGAAAUACCAUUUACUUCCACUGGAUCAAAGACAGCUGAUAAAGAAUCCAAGAACAAAACCAAGAACGCCAGUUAGCUUGCCAAAGGUAAUGAUUGUAGUGGGUGGGCAAGCACCCAAAGCAAUUCGGAGCGUGGAGUGUUACGACUUUGAGGAGGAACGAUGGGAUCAAGUUGCCGAACUUCCUUCCCGGAGAUGUAGAGCAGGGGUGGUAUUCAUGACAGGCAAAGUCUAUGCUGUGGGAGGUUUUAAUGGCUCUUUACGAGUCCGAACAGUAGAUGUAUACGAUGGAGUGAAAGACCAGUGGACGUCAAUAGCUAGUAUGCAGGAAAGACGAAGCACUUUAGGGGCAGCUGUGCUAAAUGAGCUCCUCUAUGCUGUUGGUGGAUUUGAUGGAAGCACAGGUCUGGCAUCUGUGGAGGCCUAUAACUAUAAAUCCAAUGAAUGGUUUUUUGUGGCACCUAUGAACACCAGAAGAAGCAGUGUCGGAGUUGGUGUUGUGGACGGUAAACUGUAUGCUGUUGGUGGUUAUGACGGAGCGUCACGCCAGUGCCUUAGUACUGUUGAGCAAUACAACCCAGCUACAAAUGAGUGGUCUUAUGUGUCAGAUAUGAGUACUCGGCGCAGUGGUGCAGGUGUUGGUGUCCUUAGUGGACAGCUAUAUGCUACUGGAGGACAUGAUGGUCCUUUGGUAAGGAAAAGUGUGGAAGUCUAUGAUCCUGGAACAAAUACUUGGAAACAAGUGGCAGAUAUGAACAUGUGUAGAAGAAAUGCAGGUGUUUGUGCAGUGAACGGCCUUCUGUAUGUGGUUGGAGGUGACGAUGGGUCUUGCAACUUGGCAUCUGUAGAAUACUAUAACCCUGUCACUGAUAAGUGGACAUUAUUGCCAACCAAUAUGAGCACUGGAAGAAGUUAUGCAGGUGUAGCUGUGAUCCAUAAACCGUUGUGACACACAUUCACCUAAAUGCAGGAUGAAAAAUGGUGCCUAUCCAGCUUGCUGAGUUUUGGCAGAUACUGAUGUCUUUUAAACUGCUACACUGGUGUUGCACUCCAGCACGACAAGUACUUGCUUAUUCCAUCAACUUCUGCUUGGUGAUCAGCAGUACAGCCGUGUGAAAACCCUGUGAACAUAAGGAUAUAUUCCAGAAAUAAGGUGUUGCUUGGUUGUUGUUAUUGUUUUAAUUAAUGUACAAUCACGACUGAGCUGGAAGUGAUCUCAAGGACAAAAGAUAACGUUUUUCUCUUUGGCGUGGGAGAAGCAGCUUCUUGAAGCACUUCACUACUGAACUUGGUCUAGAACACAUUUCCUAUUUACUUAUCACACCUCUUAGACAAAUCUACUACUGAAACUGGAAUUUUUGAAAGACCUGUCUGGAAAACAGGCCCAAAGGAAACAGAUGGGGAGGUCUGUUUACUGUAAAUGUAUGAUGAAGAGCACUGGAGAGAUGCAUCCUCUGACUUUUAUCCUAGUCACGGAACUGAUUCAUCAGUUCUGUUUUAUAUAUGGGAGAUGAUGAGCCAAGCAGUGUCUUUCUGGGGCAAAAUCACACUUCAGUUACCCAAAGAUCAAUGGUUUUUCGUUUGGUUGCGGGAAGGUUAUUGCUAUUUCAAAAUUAACUGUGCUCAAGUUAUAAUACUGUGUCUCUUGGCUGUUAUCAUGAAUUCAGAAAGUUCAGGCUUCACCCACACUUGUUUUUUUAAAGGGAUUUAGAUACCAUUAAUGAGUGUGUUUUGAAAUAAUUGACUUAAGGUUGCCACCACAUUCCAGGGAGACCUGGAAUUUAGUGGCAAAUUUCGGCUUCAGUAGGCUUUGAAAGUCAGAUGAGGUACACUGAUCACAUCUGGGACAUGCUCUGAGGAUAUUCUUAUGAGUGAAGGGCUGAGAGAAUGAUUGACAGAAGUCUGCCUCAGCAAAACUAGGAGGUCAAGAGGCUUUUGAAAAAUAAUCCAGUGAAUCCUAACUGCCUUUAAAUUAGGAGAGAGUGAGUGCACCUAUCUCUGAAUAUACAUUCCUCUUGUGCAUUUGGCUAAACAUCAGUUGACCAAGAUGAUAUUUCAAUGCUAUGAAAACCUUAAGGUUUAUGACAUACAGCCAUUUAAUUCUUUCAACUAUUUUUCAUAAGAGCUACCCUCUUAAAUGUCCUGUUGUCAUCAUUAUUUCUGUGUAAAGAAGUUACUUGAAUAUGUAAACAUUUACUUUAAAAACGAAAGAGGUUUUUUUUUAAAAAAGUAGGGAAAGCCAAAUACAAUUAACUGAUAUGUAUCAAAAGGAGUUCUAGUUUCUCUCAUGUUCUAAAUCAGUGCUCCCCAACCUUGGACCUCCAGAUGUUCUUGGACUUCAAUUCCCAGAAAUCCUGACCAGCAGAGGUG